AUGGUGGUGGUGGUGCUGGUGGUGACAGGGGUGCUGGUAGGUGGUGAGGGGGAUGAGGGUGGCGUGGUGGACGUGCAGAUGUUCAAGUGCUUCUCUACUGUCCCAACCCGGAACCACGGCCACAGCGUGUGCAGCACCUGGGGCGUCCACUACAAGACCUUCGACGGCGAUGUCUUCCGCUUCCCCGGCCUGUGCGACUACAACUUCGCCUCCGACUGCCGGGACGCCUACAAGGAGUUCGCUGUGCACCUGAAACGGGGCCCCGGCCGCAGCGGGGGCCACCCCCAGAUCGAGUACAUCCUGCUGACCGUCAAGGACGACACCAUUUACCUCACCCCGCAGCUCGCUGUGGUGAACGGGGCCAUGGUCAGCACCCCGCACUACAGCUCUGGGCUGCUCAUCGAGAAGAGUGACGCCUACACCAAGGUCUACUCCCGCACCGGCCUCGCGCUCAUGUGGGACCGGGAGGACUCGCUCAUGCUGGAGCUGGACAGUAAGUUCCAGAACCACACGUGUGGCCUCUGCGGGGACUACAACGGCCUGCAGACCUACUCUGAGUUCCUCUCCGAUGGUGAGGGCGUGCUCUUCAGCCCCAUCGAGUUUGGGAACCUGCAGAAGAUCAACAAGCCCGAGGUGGUGUGUGAAGACCCGGAGGAGGUGCCAGUCUCCGAGUCCUGCUCUGAGCACCGCGCCGAGUGCGAGAGCCUGCUGAUGGGCACGGCCUUCGAGGUCCGGGGCCUGGUGCCGCUGCAGCCGUACGUGCAGGCCUGCAUGCAGGACCGCUGCCAGUGCGCGCAGGGCGGCUCCUGCGUCUGCAGCACCGUCGCUGAGUUCUCCCGCCAGUGCUCCCAUGCCGGCGGGCGGCCCGGGAACUGGAGGACAGCCACGCUCUGCGCUAAGAGCUGCCCCGGGAACAUGGUGUACCUGGAGAGCGGCUCGCCCUGCGUGGACACCUGCUCGCACCUGGAGGUCAGCAGCCUGUGUGAGGAGCACCGCAUGGACGGCUGUUUCUGCCCGGAAGGCACUGUGUACGACGACGUCGCGGGCGGCGGCUGCAUCCCCGUGAGCCAGUGCCACUGUAAACUUCACGGGCGCCUGUACAAGCCCGGCGAGCAGAUCACCAGCCACUGCGAGCAGUGUGAAUGCGACGCUGGUCGCUGGGUGUGCGCAGACCUGCAGUGUCCCGGGACCUGUGCCCUGGAGGGCGGCGCCCACAUCAGCACGUUCGACGGCAGGAAGUACACCUUCCACGGGGACUGUUACUAUGUGCUGACCAAGGAUGCCCACAACGACUCCUACGCCGUCCUGGGCGAGCUGACGUCCUGCGGCUCCAGUGACAAGCAGACCUGCCUGAAGACGGUGGUGCUGCUGGCCGACAGCAAGAAGAACGUGGUGGCCUUCAAGUCGGACGGCAGCGUCCUGCUGAAUGAGCUGCAGGUGAACCUGCCCCACGUGACGGCCAGCUUCUCCAUCUUCCAACCGUCCUCCCACCACCUGCUGGUGAGCACGGCCUUCGGCCUCAGGCUGCAGGUGCAGCUGCUGCCGGUCAUGCAGCUCUUCCUGACGCUGGAACCAGCCGCCCAGGGGCACGUGCAGGGCCUCUGCGGGAACUUCAACGGCCUUGAGGGUGACGACUUCCAGACGGCGGGCGGGCUGGUGGAGGCCACGGGCGCCGGCUUCGCCAACACCUGGAAGGCCCAGUCCAGCUGCCAGGACAAGGUGGACUGGCUGGACGACCCCUGCUCCCUCAGCAUCGAGAGCGCCAACUACGCUGAGCACUGGUGCUCCCUGUUGAAGAAGACAGAGGCCCCGUUCGGCAGGUGCCACUCUGCCGUGGACCCGGCCGAGUAUUACAAGAGGUGCAAAUACGACACGUGCAACUGCCGGAGCUCGGAGGACUGCAUGUGCGCCGCCCUGUCCUCCUACGCCCACGCCUGUGCCGCCAAGGGCGUCCUGCUGUGGGGCUGGCGGGAGGGCGUCUGCAACAGGGACGUGGGCUCCUGCCCCACCUCCCAGCUCUUCCUGUACAACCUGACCACCUGCCAGCGGACCUGCCGCUCGCUCUCGGAACCCGACACCCGCUGCCUCGAGGGCUUCCCGCCCGUGGACGGCUGCGGCUGCCCGGACCAAGCCUUCCUGGACGAGAAGGGCCGCUGCGUGCCCCUGGCCAAGUGCUCCUGCUACCACCACGGCCUCUACCUGGAGGCGGGGGAGGUGGUCCUGAGACAGGAGGAGCGAUGCGUCUGCCAGAACGGGAGGCUGCACUGCAAGCAGGUCCGCUUGAUCGACCAGAACUGUACGGCUCCAAAGAUCCACGUGGACUGCAACAACCUGAGCGCGCUGGCCAUCCGGAACCCCAGAGCCGCCAGCUGCCAGACGCUGGCCGCCGGCUCAUACCAGACGGAGUGCAUCAGCGGCUGCGUGUGCCCCGAGGGGCUGCUUGAUGACGGGCAGGGUGGCUGUGUGGUGGAGGCGCAGUGCCCCUGUGUGCACAACAGUGACGUGUACCCCCCCGGGGACAAGAUCAGGGUGGACUGCAACACCUGCACCUGCCAGAAAGGGCGCUGGGCGUGCACCCAGUCCGUGUGCCACGGCACGUGUGCCGUGUACGGGAACGGCCACUACAUCACCUUCGACGGGAAGUAUUAUGACUUUGACGGACACUGCUCCUACGUGGCCGUCCAGGACUACUGUGGCCAGAACUCCUCGCUGGGCUCCUUCAGCAUCGUCACCGAGAACGUGCCCUGCGGCACCACGGGCGUCACCUGCUCCAAGGCCAUCAAGAUCUUCCUGGGGAGGACGGAGCUGAAGCUGGAGGACAGACACUGCACAGUGAUCCCGCUGGACGUGGGCCAGCACGUGGCCUACACCACGCGGGAGGUGGGCCAGUACCUGGUGGUGGAGGCCAGCACUGGCGUCAUCGUCAUCUGGGACAAGAGGACCACCAUCUUCAUCAAGCUGGCUCCCUCCUACAAGGGCAGCGUGUGCGGCUUGUGCGGGAACUUCGACCAGCGGUCCAGCAACGACUUCACCACGCGGGACCGCAUGGUGGUGGAGAGCGAGCUGGACUUCGGGAACAGCUGGAAGGAGGCCUCCACCUGCCCGGACGUGAGCAGCACCCCCGAGCCGUGCACCCUGAACUGGCACCGCCGCUCCUGGGCUGAGAAGCAGUGCAGCAUCAUCAAGAGCAGGGUCUUCAGGACCUGCCACAGCAAGGUGGACCCCAAGCCCUUCUACGAGGCCUGCGUCCACGACUCGUGCUCCUGCGACACCGGCGGGGACUGCGAGUGCUUCUGCUCCGCCGUGGCCUCCUACGCCCAGGAGUGCACCAAGGAGGGGGCCUGCGUGACCUGGAGGACGCCGGAGCUGUGCCCCGUCUUCUGUGACUACUACAACCCCCCGGACGAGUGUGAGUGGCACUACGAGCCGUGCGGGAAGCGCAGCUUCGAGACCUGCAGGAGCCUCAGCGGCAUCCGCUCCAACAUCUCCGUGUCCUACCUGGAGGGCUGCUACCCCCGGUGCCCCAAGAAGAGGCCCGUCUAUGACGAGGACCUGAAGAAGUGUGUCAGAGGGGACGAAUGCGGCUGCUACGUCGAGGACACUCGCUACCCACCGGGAGUGUCCGUGCCCACGGAGAAGCCCUGCCAGUCUUGCUGCACGAUGGCCGUCUGCAAGCACGACAGCACCGUGGAGCUGGUGGAGGUGGAGUGCAACCCCCCCCCGAUGCCCACCUGCUCCAACGGCCUCACGCCUGUGCGCGUCAAGGACCCGGACGGGUGCUGCUGGCACUGGGAGUGCGACUGCUACUGCACCGGCUGGGGGGACCCGCACUUCGUCACCUUCGACGGGCUGUACUACAGCCACCAGGGUGCGUGCACGUACGUGCUGGUGGAGGAGGCCGUGCCCACCGUGGACGGCUUUGGGGUCUACGUCGACAACUACCACUGCGACCCCCGCGACCGGGUGUCCUGCCCCCGCACGCUCAUCGUGCGCCACGAGACGCAGGAGGUGCGGCUCGAGACCGUGCAGAUGGCGCCCAUGACGGUGCAGGUGCAGGUGAACAGGCAGGCCGUGGCGCUGCCCUACAAGAAGUACGGGCUGCAGGUGUACGAGUCGGGCAUCAACCUCGUGGUGGCCAUCCCCGAGCUGGGCGCCCUCGUCUCCUACAACGGCCUCGCCUUCUCCAUCCGGCUGCCCUACCGCCUGUUCGGGAACAACACAAAGGGCCAGUGUGGUGAGCCCUUGACCUCGGCCCCCGUGCCCUGCGCUGGGGAGGGCGGCUGGGCAGAGGCUGUCUGUGGGCCCCGCCAGCCCCGCUGUGGUUCUCUGCUCUGUUCAGGGUCCCCACAGCCAUCCUUCCGGUCUGCGGGCAGCACCACCGUGGGCGAGGCCUGCGCGUCUCCUCUCUGCGAGCUCAUCAAGGACAGCCUGUUCGCGCAGUGCCACGCCCUGGCGCCCCCGCAGCACUACUACGACGCCUGCGUGUUCGACAGCUGCUUGGUGCCCGACUCGGGCCUGGAGUGUGCCAGCCUGCAGACCUACGCCGCCCUGUGUGCCCAGGAGGGCAUCUGUGUCGACUGGCGGAACCACACCCGCGGGGCCUGCCAGGUGAAGUGCCCGGCUCAUCGGGAGUACCGUGCCUGUGGUCCCGCAGAAGAGCCCACCUGUCAGUCCAGCCCUUCCCAGGAGAACAGCACCCAGCUGGUGGAAGGCUGCUUCUGUCCCGAGGGCACGGUGAACUUUGGUCCCGGCUUCGACGUCUGCGUGGACUCGUGCGGCUGCGUGGGGCCCGACAACGUGCCCAGAGAGUUUGGGGAGCACUUCCAGUUCGACUGCAAGGACUGCAUCUGCCUGGAGGGGGGCAGCGGCAUCAGCUGUCAGCCCAGGGCGUGCAGCCAGGCCCCCCGCCCUGAGUGCAGGGAGGACGGCACCUACCUGGUCACCGAGGUGGACCCCGCCGACCCCUGCUGCAGCAUCACCUCCUGCAAGUGCAACGCCAGCCUGUGCAGGGAGAAGCCCCUGCUGUGCCCGCUGGGAUUUGAAGUGAAGAGCGAGAUGGUCCCCGGGAGAUGCUGCCCCUUGCACUCGUGUGUGCCCAAGGGCGUGUGUGUUGUGGAGAACGCCGAGUACCAGCCCGGUUCUCCAGUCUAUUCCUCCAAGUGCCAGAACUGCGUGUGCACCACCAGCAGGGACAGCGCCACGCAGCUCAACACCAUCUCCUGCAGCCACGUGCCCUGCAACACCUCCUGCAACCCCGGCUUCGAGCUGGUGGACGUCCCCGGGGAGUGCUGCAAGAAGUGUCAGCAGACGCACUGCAUCAUCCAGCAGCCCAGCGACCAGCACCUCGUUCUGAAGCCCGGUGACAUGAAGAAUGACCCCCUGGACAACUGUACCCUCUUCAGCUGCGUGAAGUUACACAACCAGCUCAUCUCGUCCGUCUCCAAGAUCACCUGCCCCGACUUUGAUCCCAGCACCUGCCUCCCGGGCUCCAUCAGUCUCAUGUCCAAUGGCUGCUGCAGGAAGUGCAUCCCUCGCAACGAGACUGGGAUCCCCUGCUCCAUGGUCUCCGUCAUCAGGGAGAUUUCCCACAACGGCUGCACCGAGUUGGUCAGCAUGAACGAUUGCUCUGGGUCUUGCGGGACCUUUGCCAUGUACUCAGCCCAGGCCCAGGCCCUGGACCACAGAUGCUCCUGCUGCAAGGAGCAGCGCACCAGCCAGCGGCAGGUGGCGCUGCAGUGCCCGGGCGGUGGCACACUCAGCCACACCUACACCCACAUUGAGAGCUGUGGGUGCCAGGACACCACGUGCGAGCUCCUGUCCCCCCCAGGACAGGGCUCGGCGCUCCAUCCCCAGGCUGCUGGCCCCAGGGAGGAGGUGAGCGGGGAGGGCGCGCAGCCCCGUCCCUCCGCCCCUCCGCAGCCUUGCGCAUCCCCUUCCCACCGACCCUCUGAGCUUCCUCGCCCCCUAAGCUGACUUUCUCUCUGCGGCUAUUUAUUUUCCAAGUCUUUGCUCAGUCCUUUGCUUUGCAGAAUAAACCUGGUCAGAGAUGC